UGCUUGGAAUAGAUACAUGAAUGGAAGCAUGGAAGCACUGCAUAUCCCUUGCGCAAAGCUGCUCCAACAUGCGUCAAUUCAAGGCUAUUCAUGCCUUGUUCAUUGUCAAUGGCCUCCAUCUCAACAACUAUGCUAUCAGCAAGCUGAUUUCCUUUUGUGCGCUUUCCAACUCCGGUAGCCUCUCCUACGCGUCUCUCAUUUUCAGCCAAAUUCAAAACCCAAAUUUAUUUGCUUACAAUACUCUCAUCAGAGCCUAUUCUCGCAGUUCCACACCCCAGCUGGCUCUACAUUACUUCCAUCUAAUGUUAGAUGAUGAAAACGUAGGUCCUGAUCAGCAUACUUUUCCUUUUAUUAUUUCUGCGUGUACCAACUCAUUGUGGAUGCUCUUAGGAAAACAAAUACAUAAUUGGGUCUUGAAAAAUGGUGUUGCUUCAUCGGACAGGCAUGUCCAGACAGCGCUGGUUCGUUUCUACGCAGAGUGCUGUGCUAUGGGCGAUGCCCGUAAAUUGUUUGAUGAAAUUCCGAAGUUGGACGUUGUCCAAUGGAAUGUUCUUUUAAAUGGGUACGUUCGGCGUGGUUUGGCUCCUGAGGCUUUGAAUGCUUUCCGGAAUAUGUUGGUGUCCGGAGUUGAGCCUGAUGAGUUCUGUUUGACCACUGCGCUUAAGGGUUGUGCUCAGUUGGGAGCUCUUCAGCAAGGAAAGUGGAUCCAUGAGUAUGUUACUAAAAGGAAAUGGUUGGAGACUGAUGUGUUUAUUGGGACUGCGCUAGUUGAUAUGUAUGCCAAAUGUGGAUGCAUCGACAGGAGUGUGGAGGUUUUUGAGGGGAUGACUAAGAGGAAUGUGUUCUCAUGGUCUGCAAUGAUUGGGGGCUUUGCACUACAUGGGCAUGUGAGAAAAGCAAUGCAAUGCUUGGAGAGAAUGCAAGUAGAAGAUGGGCUUAGACCAGAUGAGGUUGUCCUUCUUGGAGUCAUAAUGGCUUGUGCCCAUGCAGGACUCCAGGAAGAAGGCCAGUUUCUACUAGAAAACAUGGAAGCUCAGUAUGGUAUCUUACCCAAACAUGAGCACUAUAGUUGCAUGGUCGACUUGCUCUGCAGGGCAGGUCAGUUAGACAAAGCACUCAAGCUCAUAAGAAGAAUGCCCAUGAAACCCCUUGCUGCAGUCUGGGGUGCCUUACUGAGUGGUUGUCGAACUCAUAAUAACGUUGAUCUCGCAGAGCUUGCUGCAAGAGAGCUUCUAAUGGGAGGAAAUGGAGAUGGAACAGAAGAAGAUGGAGCUUAUGUUCAGCUAUCCAACAUCUAUUUGGCUGCACAGAAAUGUGAAGAUGCUUGUAGGAUCCGAAGGAUGAUUGGAGAUAAAGGGAUUAAAAAAAAGCCAGGAUGCAGUAUGAUAGAGGUGGAAGGGGAGGUUAAUCAGUUUGUUUCAGGAGAUAUCUCACAUCCAUGUCUAGCUCAAAUACAUGAAAUGCUGGAUAUAGUGUCCCUUCACCACUCCUACAAGCUGGCUUUCCACACAACAUGGAGCUCUUGUGAUGAGAUGGAGCUGACUUUUCAGCCAUGAAUCAAUCAUCAGAAUUGGGAAGAUAGGCACUAGAAUUCUCACUCACAGCCCACUGGUGUAUGUACUUUUAUUUGGUGACUAAGAAAAGGUCUACUGUGAGGUUGAAAAUAAAAAUUUAUAUGUAAUAUCUAAUUACUGAGGUAUUUGUAUUCCAUAAAAUAUAGAGUUUCACACA